AUGCCCACACACGGAGCCGCAUGGGUUUCAGCAAAAUCGCACGUGAAUCUAGAUGCUGACAGUCCUUAUUUAAACUCAUAGGUAGGCCUACAAAUGAAUAGAAAACAACAACAAUCUAAGCAGUCAUAGUUAAAGGAAUAAACCUAUAAGAACAACUGGUUUAUAUCAUGUGGAUGUCUUGGAUAUUUGCAUGCCUAGUUGGCCUAAUUUUUGUGAGCUUUUCCAAAGCCAAGCCUGCCGCUGACAUACACGUUGCUGGCGUUAUUGAGUGCCCUACAGAUGCCGUGACAGACGCCUUGGUCAAGAUAUCCAGCUGCUGGAACUAUACAGUCGACAACAUGCAAGGGACUGAGGACAUAUCGGGGUCUGUUCACGUGACUCUGGAAGACAACUGGGGGCACAUUACGAGAGGGAGACCGGAAUAUCAUCGUGUCAGUACAGGGGCUCAGUUUGGACGAUACUGCCGCCAAGAUCACUUGGCAGUUACCUACGACGUCGCUGGUAAAGUCACUGCAACGGCGCGGUUCUUCAUUAUGGGCAAUGUAAAGCAGAGCAAGAUGGAAACGUGCAGCUUCAGUGUCCGAUCAAGUGCACCCAAACCCGUCACUUUGGAGUCACGCGUCCUUGUGGGUAAUGCGGGGGGAGAUCGCUACUGGAAGGGGUUUGGACGUCUCUUUAUGUAGAAUGACUGGAAAAACUGUACUAAUCACUGUAGACUAAGCACAAAUUGUUAAAUGUUCAGAGGAAAUGACAGAUGUCUAUGUACUUGUACCUAGAAUCUUGUAGGGCUUUGUGAUAAGGAGAAAAACAAACGUUUCAGGCACUAUGUGGACUGUCUGGAAAAUAUUGUAGCAUGCAUUAGAUGAAAACUACUUAUUCUCAGAACCUGCUGCUGUUUAAUACUCUGAAAGUUAAUAAAACCAAACAUUUACGCACAUCAAAUCAGAAAGAAAGUCGACACAGCUGUUUUGUAGUGUUCGUAUCAAAACGUGUUCAAAUUGAUAUUUUUUUAAACCUUAAAUGGAAGCAAAAACUACGUAAUGUAGGAUUUUAAUUUAUUGUUAAGACGUACGUGUAUUGUGUAAAGUGGGUGCGUUUACAAGGUUGAUGGUGUACCGUAUGUACUGGUGACUUCCUUAUCUCGCUGAAAAGACACUCCCAAGAAGGCGGGAUAUGCUCGUACCCGAUUUUCCAA